GAGAGCUGUGAUUGGUCAUAGCUUGUCACAUGGUACAUGGCUGUUGUGAAUAGCCUCGUACCAUGUGACCUCUGUGAUCAUUCACAGAUUUCACACGUAGUAAGCAAUGAUGUCAGAAGUGACAUCUUUCUUACUACUAUUCAUGUGAUCACUGAUUGGCCAAUCAGUGAUCACAUGAUCGGGACCUCACACAGAGGUCCUGUACAGCGAUCAGUGUUCCGCUGUGUCUGGAGGACACAACGGCCGGACGGGAGGAAGGAGAUGCUGCCGAGGGAAAGCGCACAGGCUAAAGUCGCGGGCACCAUUUAUGAACAGCAACCCAUCCUGCACUGCUCCCGUCCAGCCGUUUAUAUACAUGGGCCGGAGGGGAAGUGGUUAAAG